CGUCUGUCGGGCUUCCCCUGCUGUGAACUGUGGCCAUGGCUGAAACCUCCUACUUGUGGGAGGAGCCUGAAAAACUCCGCAGUUCUGGCGGCAAAGGUGCAGGGAAGCAUGCAGCCAGCUUGUUGGCGCAAGAAGUACAACUGGCCGGUGAAGCCGCUGAAGAAGCGCGGAAGAAUCGCGAAUCUCGAGCGGCGAAGCAGUCCGCGGUGAAACCGGCGGUUGCGAGCCAAGCCGGAGACUUUGUUGGGGAGAAACAGGUCCUGGAAUUCGCGUGUGACGCAAGCUUCAUGCAAGGUCGGGAGGAGGUCCAUCUGAAUCGUCACGUGGUAGUGAAAGACCUCGUGGCGGCGGCCAAAGCCUUCAAGAUGCCACUGAGUCUAGAGAAGCCGGUGGCUUUGUUUGCCGUCUACGAUGGACAUGUUGGGCCAAAGUGCUCCGAGUUUUCAGCGCAAAAUUUCCACAAGAAACUGCUGCCACGACUCUGCAAAACCACCACAGAGGAACAGAUCAAGGACAGCUUGGUUCAAGCCCUGGCGGACUUAGACCAAGAGUUCGUCAGCAAAUUUCGCACGGAUCGCUCCGGGUGCUGCGUACAACUGGCCCUUCUGGUGGGUCGGAAGCUGUGGCUGGCGCAACUGGGCUCUGGCGGCGCUCUGCUCUGCGAGGGCGACCAGGGGGGCUUCAGCGCCUUUGAAGCCGACAUGGAGAUGGAGGAAGAGCGGAUUCAGAAGGCCGGAGGACAAUUGUUGGAGGUAGCGCCUGGAGUGCGCCACGUUGCCUCGGCGGAGUUCGAACAGCGUCUCAAGGAGUAUCGCAUUCAGAUGGCACAAGGCUUGGGCUGCACCUUGGCUCCUCCCAGCACUUCGCCCUUUUCGCGUGCGCUGGGAAAUCGCGAACUGAAACCUAUGGUAAGUGCAAAACCUGAGGUUCAUGUCUUGUCCCUGGAGCCAAGUCACACAGCCUUGGCGCUAUACUGCGAUGGCAUCUCAGAAGUGAUGAGUUCAGAGGAGAUUGCGAAAGCCUUGAAUCAGCUGCGGGGCCAGGAGAAACGGGCGCCCGGACGACUGGCGCAAGAUGCAUACAAUCGCGGCAGUGAGCAAAACCUCACCGUUUCCUGGAGCGUUUCGGGGGCGCCAGGCAUCACCGUUUUCUUCCGCUUCCCCAAGCGCGGGGCACGCGCCUUCCCCGAGCCGCGGCCGGCUCCGCAGGCGCCGCCGGCGCCGCGGCCGGCUCCGCCGGAGCCGCCGCUGAAGGCACCGAAGGUGGAACAAAGGCCGAAGAUGGCACGGGCGGUGACGCAAGAUGACUUGAGGGAGAUCAAAGCUGCUCGAAGGGAGCAGAGGGAGCAGUCGCUGGGCUUCCUGUGUUUGACCCAAGAAGAAACCAGGCAGAACGAGGCUCCACAAAACGAGCAUCUCUUCAUCUACGUGCAGAACGAGGAGAAGGGUGAGAGGCACCUUUUAGAGGCUGCAGGUCUUCCAAGGUCUUCCAAGGUCUCACCCCAACGCCGCAACGCCGUAGGGCAGCUCUUUGAGGAUGAGGACGGCCAUGUGGCGCACGAGUUCCUGGAGGAAUGCGCUCAAGGCCACGGCGUAGCGCUACGAAAGAAGCGAAGCCGCGCGAUGCCCACACAGAUACCUUUCGAUUGGCGGGAGGAUGAGACCAGCCUGAUCUUCGUGUUGUCCACUCCAGGCGUGAAAGCCAAGAACUUGUCUGUGGCCAUCUGCGAUGUCUAUGUCAAGGUGAACUUGCCGCCUGCACUCUUCGAGGUGGAUCUUCUUCAUGAGAUUGAUCCCGAACAUCCAAAGACACGAUGUCGGGUCAGUCCCAACAAGGUCACAGUGACCUUGCAGAAGCGUCAAGCGCAGAUCUGGGACGAGUUCCGAGCCACCGGGGCCAAGGCCGAUCUCCGCGUCCGACGGCAAGCUGCCUUGGACGCCUUGGAGCAGCGCGAGGCGGAGCGGCUGCAGAAGCGGAAGGACUUCAAAGAAGAAAUGUUGAAGCAAGGUGAACAUGCGCAGUGGCGUUUGGACUCCCAGAACCGGGAGACCAUUGAGAAGUGGGAACAAGAGGAGAAGGAGAAGUGGGAAGAGGAGGUCUAUCGCUCCUUCGAUUCUGCCACGGGGGAUUUGUUGGAGUCCGAAAGGCCGGGCGAUCGAUUUACCAUGGGGGAUUCAGCGGUGCCAAAAAUGACCAUGGGGGAGGUUUGA